UCAUUUCCCACUUCUACACUUAAAGAAAAAUAACAAGACUUGGAGAGCCUCCACUCCCCCAUGGUUCUCGGCCACAACCAAGAAAAAUCAAGUCCCAUUUUUGCCUCUCUAAAAUUAUUUCUUUGGUAUAAACCCACUAUUUGGAGGUCCCUAAGUAGCGUGGAAGUAUUGUUUGGGUCAUUCAACCACUCAUUUUGCCCAUUUGCAAACCCUAGCCUAUUGGUGGAUUGGAGAAUAAAGACCUUGGGGAGCCCGAGGCGUAGAUUGGAAUUUACUUUAGAUUGGCCAUCUUGGAGUGCGUACGAGGUAUGUAAAGCAACCUCCCUUCUUUUUGGCAUGUCUUAGUUUUACAUAGGCUAGAUUAGAGCCUUAAGGAAAUUUCAAAUCCGAAAUCCGAGCAUGAUAUGAUCUAUAUAUGUUCCUUGGCACUCUUAUGUAUGAUUUGAUGAAAUAUGAACCUUUAUGUAUUUGAAAUAAUCGCUUUCCGAACUUUGCGCAAAAAAGUUUCACUUUAAAGAACUUCAAAAUUUCUGAAUGCCAUACAUUUCACAUAAAUGCUCGGAUUGCUCCAAUAUUUUUAUAAAAGUUUGCAUUAUGUAUGAUACGUAUGUUUUCCAUAGGCGGGCCCGACUUGGGUAAAUACCCGUCCGUGGGUCCCGCGACUUUCCUUUAUGUAAUUCAGAGAAUCUUUGAAAGAAUUUGGUAUGAUUAUUAUUCCGAUUUCAAAUAUGAUCAUUUUACUUAUGUUUGAAUUUAUGAUAAUGAUUUUAUGCAUAUGACUACUCACGACUCUACUCGUGCAUUCUGUUAUUCCUUUCGCCGAGUCCCGGGCCGGUUCUGUUGUCGUGCGCAUUUUGAUAUACUCCGGAGUUAUGCUGUGUUUAUGGUUCACCGAGCUACUCGCAAAAGAGGGUCGGGUUCCACCUAUAUUUGGUGUUAUGCUGUGUAUGGCGUUAUGUUGUGAUGUGAUAUGUGACGGGGAUACGGAGAUUUGAAACUUUCUGGUGUUAUGCUGUGUUAUGGCGCCAUCGACGGGUGGGCGACCAUAUUCUUCUGUACCCUAUGCAUUACUUACAUAUUUUUGAAAGUACAGACGCACAGUUUGGUGAUCUACCCAUUUAGGACACCCUCUUCUGCUGUUUGGAGUGCUCUUCUCAUUUCAGAGCACACAUUUCGGGUAAAGUUCCAUUUGUAUCCAUCCAUGGUUUGCAUCAGCUACACAUCUUCAUAUUCUUUUUAGCCGUCUUCCACGUUAUUUACAGUGCCAUAACUAUGCUGCUCGGAAGAUUAAAGAUUCGAGAGUGGAAGGAAUGGGAAAAGGAAGUUGAGCAUGAUUAUGAAGCAGCCAAUGAUGCCUCAAGAUUCAGGCUUACCAAAGAGACAUCUUUUGUUAGGGAUAAUACCAGUUUUGGGACCACCCCAAUCAUUUUCUACACUGUGUGCUUUUUUCGACAAUUUUUCAGGUCAGUUAGGAAAGCUGACUACUUGACCAUGCGCCACGGUUUCAUCUCGGUCCAUUUAGCACCUGGAAGUAAGUUUAAUUUUCAAAAGUACAUAAAGAGAUCCCUGGAAGAUGACUUCAAGGUUGUUGUGGGCAUCAAUUCAGUGCUAUGGCUUUCUGCAGUUAUUUAUCUUCUGGUGAAUGUCCGUGGAUGGCAAGCUAUGUUUUGGCUGUCCAUACUGCCUCUAGUUAUAAUCUUAGCAGUUGGGACAAAGCUUCAAUCAAUUAUAGCUCAGAUGGCUAUUGAAAUUCAAGAAAGACAUGCUGUGGUGCAAGGCAUACCUCUUGUCCAAGUUUCAGACAGACAUUUUUGGUUCGGCAAGCCAACUCUAAUUCUUCAUCUUGUCCAUCUCACCCUCUUUCAGAAUGCUUUUGAGAUUACGUACUUCCUUUGGAUAACGUAUGAAUUUGGGCUCUAUUCCUGUUUUCACGAUAGUUUUUUCCUCGCCGUAUUGAGAGUUGCUAUCGGGGUAGGUGUUCAGAUUUUGUGCAGCUAUAUUACACUUCCACUGUAUGCACUAGUUACCCAGAUGGGAUCAACCAUGAAGAGAUCUAUAUUUGAUGACCAAACUUCCAAGGCACUGAUGAAUUGGCAUAAGAACGCAAAAAAUAAGAAGAAACCUACAAAGCCUGGACCAGUUGAAACACGAAAAUUAGGGAGUCCAAGGGAGUCACCUGAAACUUCCCCGAGUACAAGACCUGGUCAUCGAUCAAGAAUAGAAAUGUCUAACAUAGAGCCAUCGUCCUCUAGUCAGACCGCUAACAUUGUUGCUAGCGUGGAUAUUCCAGAGGAAAUAGAUGGCAGGCCACGGCCUGCGAACCCUGACCUACUUACAGGUCCUUGAUUGAGAUAACAAUGAGCAGAGAUAACUCAUGUCACAUAAAAAGGGAAAAAAAGGGAACAAACACUGAUGGUGAAAAGCUAUAACUUGUCCUGGAUAUUGGCUGUUACCCUGCUUUGCACAGCAUUGCAGAAAAACUAGCAUUUGGUUCCAAAUUCCAGUUUGAUGCUCAAUUUUGUAAACUCCCAUUUGUACUAUUAUCAUUACCGGAGAAGUGAAUGUAUGCUUGUGUAAUGAAGGCUAUAAAACCACGUUAUGCUUGAAAGUGCCUAAUUAUACA